AUGACAACCCCAUCCCCCGACCAAAUCAAAAUCCUCGAACAAUCCCGCCAACGCCUCGUCCAACUCACCCACUCGCUGGGCUCCCUCAUCACAAGUCUAAACCAGUCCGACCCAUUACCUUCAUGGACCUCCCUCCAAUCCCAGGCCAGUAUCAUUUCCUCGAACCUUCAAUCCCUAUCGACCCAACUUUCCGAAAACCAUGACCUGCUACGAAGUAUAUCCGCGUACCCAUCGCCCGACUUCCCGACCCGCACGCAAGGGAAUAUCCUCGAGCAGCUAUUGCGCACGAAACUUGAUCCCAGAGUUGAGGAUUGGGUUGCGCGCGGCCGAAAAGCGGAUAUUGUUUCCCCUCCCUUCAUUCCCGGAACUGCUGGGAUGGGUACGGGUAUGAUUGAUAGCAAGAAUAAUGGGGGCGGGGGUGGACUGAGCGAGGGUGAUUUGGCGGCGUUGUGGGAGUGGGCGCCUGUUGAGGCGAACUCGGAGGCGAGGAGGAGGAAUUGGGGAGGGAAUUUUACCUUGGAGGAGAGGGAGCGCGGGGUGCAGGAUGUUGCGGCGGAGUUAGGCUUGCGGAGAGUCUUGGAGGAUGAUGAGGAGAGCGAGGAGGAAGAGGACGAGAUGGACCUUGGUGGGUUUGGAAAAUCGGAAGAUGCUGGGGGUGAUAAUGCGGCUGUCGCGAUGGGAGAGCAGGCGCCUACUUCGCCAUUGGUGCCCAUGGAUGAGAUUCUACGGUAUAUGACUACGGGUGUACUGCCAGCACUGCGGUAA